AUGAUCCUCCUGGAAUCUCACAAUGUGAUCAUUCACGAUGUCCUGACCGACCGUUUCGAAAAGCGCGCCCUCUUGUCUAUCCAUGGCGGCUCAGCUGACAAGUCCCCUAGGCCAUCCAAGGCAGACAUUCAAUUCGUAGACUACGACAAUGUCCGGUUCCACCUCUCCACCCCUUCCUCCAAGACCCAGAUCCUCCUCUCCAUGGCUAUCCAAUGCUGGCCCGACCUCGUCAAGUACGGCGCCAAGGAGCACCUCCAGCAAGAAUUCGCGGGGUUCUUGGUUGGUGACGGAGAUGUGGAGCCAGAGUACGAUGUCAGUCUGUUGAUUGACUUGGAGAACCUCCCUGCGAGCCCUGAGGAGCGUAUCGCCCUUGUGUCAAAGAUCUCUUACCUCAAAUCAUCCUCCAUGGCCGCCCCUUUCCUCUCUGCCUUUACCGAACAAGCCUCCCUCAAGGCGUCCUAUAAGGAGCCUGCCGGCGCGCAGCAGGCCGACCUCCAAGCGACAGAGGUGAAGGGCGAGCUGAAGAUUGUCAAGUAUAGGGAAGAAGAGGCGAUCUAUAUUCAGGCGAGCCAUGAUCGUGUGACGGUCAUUUUCUCGACAGUGUUCAAGGAGGAGACGGAUAGGGUUUAUGGAAGGGUAUUCUUGCAGGAAUUUGUGGAUGCGCGAAGACUUCAGAGUCUUCAAAAUGCUCCUCAGGUGUUGUACUCGAACCGAGAACCUCCUCUUGAAAUCCGACAUCUCCCCGGGCUCAAGAACGGCGAAGACUGGGGCUACGUCACUUUCGGCAAGUCGUUUCUCAUCCAUAUAUAUGUCCUCGACCCCCGUCACUAUGCCAACUCUGAGCAGGCCCUCGCAACCAUCAACCGCAUCCAGCUCUUCCGCGACUAUCUCCACUACCACAUCAAGUGCAGUAAGGCGUACAUGCACUCGAGGAUGAGAUACAGGGUGGCCGAGUUUUUGAAGAUUUUGAAUCGGGCCAAGCCGGAGGUGGCGGCGGAGAGAAAGACGGCUACGGGGAGAACUUUCAGGACGCGAUAG